UUGCGAUCAGAAGAAGUGUGCGUCAUAGUCCAAAUUCGACGACGAGUUUGUUCUGCUUCCUCUUGGCAUCAGUCGACACGCACCCUGGGAAGAGCAAUAAGGGUAGCAUGAGAAUGCUGUUCUUCCGUUUGUAGUUGUUCUCAUAGUUGGUUCUGGCAAGAUGACUUCCACUACCCGCACGGCUAACGAACCCACGAAACGAGCAGAUCAAAGAGCAUCUAUUACUGUUCUAGUUUUGGGAGAUGAGGGCGUUGGGAAAUCUUCCCUCAUCUCGACCUUUGUGUCACGCUAUUUUUCGGAGGUCGUCCAAGGGAUCAUGACCCGAGUGCGACUGCCUCCAGAUCCCAAUUCCUCUUGCAUUACAACCAUUGUCGAUUCACAGGGAGCCGAUUCGGCAUUGCUUUCAGCGGUGGCCGCCAUGUCUUUGACAGGAACCAGUGCGGCGGCUGCUGCGAAAUCCUCCACGGAUUCCUUCUCGAAUUUUAUGCAGCGAGCAGAGGCUUCCAGGAUUUCCACCGCGUCGACGCCUCAUCUUGGGGCUAGCACAUCCAGUGUAUCUUCGGCUGGUGUGGACAACGUUGACUCGAUUAUUUUGGUAUAUGAUCUUGAUCGAGUAGAAACGUUCUUCCGACUGGAGAAUCAUUGGUUGCCCCUGAUUGAACGGUGCUACAAUGGAGAGAUGCCCGUCAUCAUUGCAGGCAACAAGAUGGAUCUCUUUCGGACUUCCAGUACCGCUGGGAUGACAGAUGAACAGGCCAUGGCGAGGUCCAGACAGCAAAUUGUCUCACUCAUGCAAAGAUUCCGGUUCGUCCGACAGUGUAUCAAAUGUAGCGCAAAGAAUUUGCUGAGAGUGGACGAAAUAUUCCUAAAGGCUCAGCAGGCUGUGCUCUACCCCUUCACUCCUCUCUACGAUCUGGACAACGUGGCUCUCACUCCUGAUUGCAAGAGAGCAUUCACUCGUAUCUUUCGCAUGUACGACGCUGAUAAGGAUGGACUCUUGAGUGAUCCAGAACUGGAUCAGUUCCAUCGUGAAGCCUUUCAGACUCCAGUCAUGGAUCGGGACUUUGCAGCUUGGAAAAAGGUCGUGACAAGGAAUAACCAGACCGAUGAACCGGUGGUCAAAGACAACAAAUUCACCAUUGCGGGUUUCUUGGCUAUUUUUGACGUCUUUAUCAGCCAAAACCGCCUAGAUGUUGUGUGGCAAGCAUUGCGCAAGUUUGGGUACGACGAUGAUCUACGGUUGGAGAUACCAGACUCAGUCACAAACACUGCACAUGACAAAGGACUUGAUGAGAACUGGCGUCUCACGCCUGCUGCUAGAACAUUCUUGUCAGAUCUGUUCCAUCAAUUUGACUCUGACAAAGAUGGGAUGCUUUCGGGAGAUGACUUGUUGGCAAUCUUUUCGAUUCUUCCAGAGCCCUCGUUGCCGCCUUGGCACCCACUGCGGGCAAGUGAAGUCUUCAAAGAUUGUCGAGCAAUCCCCAAAAUCCCAGUUGCCGGCUCUAGAUCCGAAUCAUAUACAGGAGGAGAGGCGGGUAUUCGAGAGUCGGUUGCCCUUGCCAUGUCACAAUCGCUCUCGGCGAGCGGAAUCACCAUCCUCUCUUCGGACUCGGUGCCAACUGUCAACAUGGAAAACAUACACAACCUCGCUGCCCCGCUUUCAUUUUUGGAUUGGAUGGGAUUCUGGCACUCCAUUUCAUCGGUUUCGCCAGCAGUUGCCAGAGCUGAGUUGUUUCGGCUGGGGCAUGUCGAGAAGCGCAGCAAAAAGCACUCGAAACGGAGCGGUCGCCGGAAAAAGGGAGUGGCGCCGAUCACUCAUACUCCAGACUCUUCUCUUCUCUCGAGAGAGCUUCGAGUUCUCGUCCUUGGCAGUGCGACAAGUGGGCGGACGGAUCUUGUCGAAGCUUUGUGCGGCUUGGAUGGCAGUGAAUUCUCGACAUUUCGUGGACUUGCUGUUCCAGGGGCCACGAACUACCCUGAGUCCAGCAGUGCUCAUGUAAAAGUCAGGCGCAAAAUCUCUGCUGCCAAAGUGUCGAAAGACAUUGGCGGCGACGAAUUUGUGGUUCAUCUUGUUUUCACUGAAUUCCCGCAACUGAACCCAGAAAACAGAUCCGAACAACGGGAAAUACAACAUUACAUUGGAGAAGUUGGAAACAGACGAUGUGACUUGGUGAUGCUGGUUUUUGACUCUUCGGACGACUCGAGUUUUUCUCGUGUCAAGGCCAUUGAAGCUGCAAUGCUGGACGAUGACUUGCCCCGCGUAUUCGUUGCCACUCAAAAAGGAACGGAGGAUUCGACUAACGAUGAUGACAGUGUGCAACCUGCCACCGUGCUGGACAUGGCAACGAUUCAUUGCCGUGAGCGGGACUUGGAGCCGCCCAUCUUGACCUCUCUGGGGGCAAGGGACCCAUCGAGAGAGGACGUGCACACCCAUGAGCGGAAGGACGUGUUAGAACACUUGGCUCGGUGCGCCCGUCUCAACGAGAUCGGAGUUGAAGCACUUAGGUCAAAGCCGCUAGAAGAACAAAAGCGACGUGAUGCGAGUCGACGAAGAAAGCUACUUUGGUUUGGAGGACUAGUUAGUGUAACGGUGGUGGUCGCCGCAGGAGUUGGUCUUCUGUUGGGAACAACCUCUGCAACAGGAAAAGGAGACAAGAAAAAGGACCCUCUCGGGAUCGGGUGGAUAAGCAAGAUAUUGUUUGGACCGACUGAAUCUGCCGCCCCGAAGUAAUGUCAUAGGUAAUUGACUUGUCUUGUAGUCCAGCGAUAACGUAGCCAUUUCUUUCACAGCGCUCUG